UUUCCACAUUUUUUCAAUAAGAAAAGAAAGAAUCCCAAAUUUUAUAUGCUCCUAGGGUUUUUUGGAUUCUUAACACUUUACAAAUUAAAAAUUCAAAUCCAAUAAAUCCUAGGCGCUGAUUUCAAAUUUAUCACUAUCCUUUUAAUUCUCAAUUUCUCUUCAACCAAUUCCAAUUUUUUUUUUUUUUUUUUUUUGUGGAAUUUUUUUUCUUCAAAUUUUAAUGAUUGAGUUGAUGAUGAAAUCGUUUGGUGUAAAAUUUGAAGUUGAAGAUUCUCUUGAAGAUGAACAUGCUCCUCUUACUAAACGUUCCAAGUGUUCUUCCAACCUUAAUCAGUGGGAUAUUGGGAAUGAUGAAUUUCCAGUUCCUCCCCCAGAAUACAAUCCACUUGAUGAGCCAAGUCCUUUAGGACUGAGAUUGAGAAAGAGUCCAUCUUUGUUAGAUUUAAUCCAGAUGAGGCUGUCACAAAACAAUGCUUCCUCCAUUGCACCUUCAGCACCUGAAAACCCUACUACUGUAAGCAAUAAGGAAACAAGGGGUACAGCCACUUCAGUAGCAACUGACAAGCUGAAGGCGUCAAAUUUUUCGGGUUCACUCCUACGGAUAGGGUCUUGGGAAUAUGCAUCUAGAUAUGAAGGUGAUUUGGUGGCAAAGUGUUACUUUGCCAAGCAUAAGCUUGUUUGGGAAAUUCUUGAUGGUGGGCUCAAGAGUAAAAUUGAGAUUCAGUGGUCAGAUAUCAUGGGGCUGAAGGCGAACUGUCCAGAGAAUGGUACAGGCAGUUUGACUAUUGUGCUGUCUCGACAGCCCCUCUUCUUCAGGGAGACAAAUCCACAACCCAGAAAGCAUACUCUAUGGCAAGCGACUUCAGAUUUCACUGAUGGCCAGGCUAGCUUGAAUAGGCAACACUUCCUACAGUGUGCACCUGGUGUCUUGAAUAAGCAUUAUGAAAAAUUGAUCCAAUGUGACGUGCGACUCAACUUUCUGAGCCAACAGCCUGAAUUAGCUUUGGAAUCUCCAUAUUUUGAUAAAAAAGCUACUGUGUUUGAAAAUCUUGACGAAUUGAAUGCCCAUGGCUUAGAUCCUGUUGAUUCUGGUAAGGGUUCCCCACUAUCAAGCAUCCAAGAUGCAGCAUCACCUGCUGCUGCGCAGUCGUCUUCAGUGUCUUUUGAACAACCUGAUCUCCUUGGUGCAGCCCCUGAAUGUUUGGCUAGGGAUGCCCCUUCUACAAGCUCAGUGAUGGAUACACGUGCUGUUGGGGAGAAUGCAAACAGCGUAGGAUAUGAUUCCCACGGGAUGCGGAACUUGGAGCAGUUGAAGGUGCCAGGACUUCGUCCAUCCAUGUCUAUGACAGACCUUGUUAGCCACAUUGAAAGCUGCAUCUCAGAACAGAUUAAUUCUGGAAGUUUGCAGUCUGAUGAUGCCUUAGAAUGCAAGGGCAUGUUGGAGGACAUUGCACAGAUGUGGCUGAGCGACACUCAAUAUACAACUGCUUCAGACGAGAAAUCUCUCAUGAAGAAAGUCAACUCUCUGUGCUGCCUCUUGCAGGAUCCUAAUGGAGAAAAUCAUCUGCAAAAACCUGUUCAAUCUAACGAUGCUUGUAGCUCUUCUGCAUGCGAGAGCAGCAAGGGAAAUGACGAAGAGAACACCAAGGAUUUUGAUGGUGGUAAGCCGGCACAAAGUAUUCCAAGGAGAGACUCCUUUGGCGACUUGCUCCUUCAUCUUCCUCGUAUUGCAUCCCUUCCAAAGUUCCUAUUCGACAUUGCUGAAGAUGACGAAAACCAGGCCAGAUAGCGAUUCUUUUGUUGAAAAAUGUACUAAAGUGCUCCCAGGAAGUCAUUUGGAAGCGCAUUCCUUGGGAUUCGGAGGACAUUAUACAUGGAGAAAAAUUGGGAUAUCAAGAUUCUUUUGAUGAUUGGUGAAAAUUUGUCUUCAUAACUGUGUUAUAGUUGUAAGAUUUAUGUUUUUCACCUUUGGCUGAAGAGCAUAACAUUAUAUUGUUGUACAUGGGUUAGGUCAAUUAAUAUAAAUUAUUGUCAUUGUCCCAGUUUAGGGAUAAGUUCCCAUUGG